UUUCGAGGUGACGUCCGGCGUACGGCGUGUAUCGCGGUGCAAAGUGGGAUGUGGUGGUCGGCGGCGGUGCUGUUGCUACCCGUGUCGGCGCCGGGGGGGUGGGAAGAGUGUGUAAGGUAUGCACCCCACGCUCUGUUGUACCGCGACCGAGCAACUUUUUUUUUCUUGCCGUCCUCUUCCCGGGGCUCUCUUUCUGCCGUAUCUUUUGACUUUUUGCGACGCUACGGCGGUGAGCAGGCAUGGCGCGCUCCGGCGGCUCGGGAAUAGACGAGGUUCAGCCGUGGAACCCUUCGCUUUUUUUUUUUUUCCAAGCUCGUCAAGUGUCAGUGGCCUCCUUAGAAACCGACCCCUAGUACGGGGGAGUGGAUUGGGCGAUACCGGAUUAUGGAUAACUACAGGGGGCUGAUGAGAAAGAGGGCGGCGGGAGACGGGACCUGUGAAGGUACCCGGUACAAUUCGUGCGCGGGAGGAAGAGUGUGCUGUUCAGGCGCCAGGGGACUCGUGGGCCAUCCGCACCCCGGGCGUGCGCCGUGAGAUGGACCUUCGAGUUUGCAGGUGCUGC